AUGUUUCUCACCGAUAUUCGCAAUCGUGCACGCGGACAACCCAUUCGAAGACAGCAGCUUCGCGAUGAUCACCACGCCACAUCUUACGUGCUUCGAGAGGUGCAGGAGGCCCUGCUGACCGUGCGUUCCGACUGGACGCUCGCAAACUUCGGACUCCCACUGCCCGAUGACAUCCUUCCCGCUUUGGAACAGCAAAACGAGAUCGAGACCCACGAAGCAAGAGCGCAGCAGUGGGAAGAGCGACUACAGACGUCGUUGCCGCUGUUGAACACAAAUCAACGCCAUGCCUUUGACGAAAUAGUGGGCUCCAUGCUUCCAGGCGUAUCCGUCUCUGCAUUGCUUCAAGGAUCCUCAAGCGCCGUGGCGGGACCUUCUAUGCCGACAAGAAGUGGUCGUCUCUUCUUCCUCGAUGCUCCUGGCGGAACAGGCAAAACAUUCGUGCUCAGCGCCAUUCAAGACUUCCUUCGUACGCGCCGUAAGCAAGUCAUCGCUGUCGCUACGUCUGCUGUUGCUGCUGUGUUGCUCGACGGUGGAGGCACCGCUCAUUCCGUGUUCAAGGUUCCCAUUCCUGUAUCUGCCGAAAGCACGUGCAGCUUCUCCGCAAACUCCGACACUGGUCGUACACUGCAACAAGUCGAUCUCAUCAUAUGGGACGAGAUCGUCAUGUGCCAUCGACAUUGCAUUGAGACUGUAGAUCGCUCCCCUCGCGACUUGAUGCAAACCGACCGGCCCUUCGGAGGAAAGUUCUUCGUGCUCGCUGGAGACUUUAGACAAAUCCUUCCCGUCGUUCCGGGCGGGUCCCGAGGUCAAAUCUCCGUUGCGUUCAAGCAUACCAUCCGCAAUUUAUGCCUCAAGGUCUUCCAAGGGGUUCGAGACAAUCACGCCGACCCUGCCUGGCUCACUAAGCGCGUUAUACUCACCACAAAGAACAGGCCGCUCGACGAAGUCAACGAGGUCAUCGGCAACAUGAUUCCGGGACCGUGUCGAACUUAUUUGAUCGCAGACAAGGUCGAGAACGAAGACACCAACGCGCUAAUCUAUCCCACAGAAAUGCUCAACACCUUGACCGCCGGAUCUGCUCUACCAGACCACAAGCUCAAGCUCAAGAAAGGCUUCAUCGUCAUGCUUCUGCGCAAUCUCGAUCCCGCUACCGGUCACGUCAACGGCGCGCGAUAUGUCAUCGAGAACAUGACCAAAAACCUGCUCUUUUUACGCGUUACCACCGGGUCACACCAAGGCAACAGACUGUUUCUUCCUCGAAUGCCCUGCGGACCAGGAGACGACAACUUUCCCAUCCCUGGCUUCACCCGAACGCAGUUCCCCAUUCGCACGUGCUUCGCCCUUACAACGAACAAAGCGCAAGGCCAAUCCUUCGGUGGCCGCAUUGGUCUCGACUUGCGAGAUUACUGCUUCUCGCACGGUCAACUCUACGUCGCACUAUCAAGGACUACUCACCCAGGGAACGUCACUGUCCUCACUCGAGAGUCCAAUGAAACAACGCGAAACAUAGUGUACCCCGAGGUCCUUCAGUAG